GUUUAGUCAAAAGAAAACUAUUGGUAGGCAGUCAGUUUGCAUACAAAGACUGAAUUACAUAUUCCAGUCGUAUCUACUCCCUGUUCUUUAAUUUUUGUGAAGAAAAUCAAUGAUUUCGAUUUGAAGAAUCGUUUCUAAACAUGCAGUAUUAAUUUUUUUUUUGUGGUCUGUUCCUCAGUAUACUUACAUAUGUGCGGUUGCUUUUGUCACCUAGAGUUUUAUCUUUAUAUAUUCCCGCUCGAGUAAACUCUUUGAGUUUCUUUAUAAAACUCAGCACAAAAAGAUAACGUUAAUGUGUGGUUCACAUUUAAAAAUAAGUAGCUUAUAUAUAAGCUCUGAUUUGAAGCAUUAUAUAAACUGACUGCAUAAACUAACUAGUAUAUAAUUGUCAAUUAUACAGAAAAAGCUUUUGGAAAAAAAAUACAUCAAAAUCCAGUCUAGAAUCCUCUAUAUACCAAAAGGGUAGGCGCCGACAUUUCCGUUGCGCAGUGCCACAGGAGCUAAUUGGACAUUUCUAGCGACGCGAGGCUCUCAAAUCAAUUUCGGUUUUCAAAGAAUACAUAUUUAUCAUCAUGGAUAACUUAAUAAACAUUGUUAACAAGUUGCAAGAUGCAUUUACGUCGCUUGGCGUCCAUAUGCAAUUGGAUUUGCCACAGAUUGCCGUUGUUGGAGGUCAAUCGGCGGGGAAAAGUUCAGUUCUGGAAAACUUUGUUGGAAAAGAUUUCUUGCCUCGUGGUUCUGGUAUUGUCACCCGUAGACCACUCAUUUUGCAACUGAUUAAUGGAGUGACUGAAUACGGAGAAUUUUUGCAUUGCAAGGGUAAAAAGUUUUCCAGCUUUGAUGAGAUUCGAAAGGAAAUAGAGGAUGAAACAGAUCGCGUGACUGGUAGUAAUAAAGGCAUAUCUAACAUUCCGAUAAAUUUGCGCGUUUACUCCCCUCAUGUUCUUAAUUUAACAUUGAUAGAUUUACCUGGCCUCACUAAAGUGGCAAUUGGUGAUCAACCUGCAGAUAUUGAGCAACAAAUAAAGCAAAUGAUAUUCCAGUUUAUUCGAAAAGAAACAUGUUUAAUACUUGCCGUUACACCUGCAAAUACGGAUUUAGCUAAUUCGGAUGCGCUUAAACUAGCAAAGGAGGUGGAUCCUCAAGGAGUGCGUACCAUCGGAGUCAUUACAAAACUAGAUCUCAUGGACGAAGGAACUGAUGCUCGAGAUAUCCUAGAGAACAAGUUACUGCCUUUACGGCGCGGAUACAUUGGUGUAGUAAAUCGGUCACAAAAGGAUAUAGAGGGACGCAAAGACAUUCAUCAGGCCUUGGCCGCUGAACGCAAAUUUUUUUUAAGUCACCCAUCAUACCGUCACAUGGCCGACCGCCUUGGUACUCCUUACUUGCAAAGAGUCCUGAACCAGCAAUUGACUAAUCAUAUACGCGAUACAUUACCUGGAUUGCGCGAUAAACUGCAGAAGCAAAUGUUGACCCUGGAAAAGGAGGUAGAAGAGUUUAAACACUUCCAGCCAGGGGAUGCCAGUAUUAAGACAAAGGCUAUGCUUCAAAUGAUUCAGCAGUUGCAGUCGGACUUUGAAAGAACUAUUGAAGGAAGCGGUUCUGCAUUAGUCAAUACCAAUGAGCUGUCAGGUGGUGCCAAGAUUAAUCGGAUCUUUCAUGAACGUCUCCGCUUUGAAAUAGUAAAAAUGGCGUGCGAUGAGAAAGAAUUGCGUAGAGAGAUCUCUUUUGCAAUUCGCAAUAUUCAUGGUAUUCGUGUCGGUCUUUUUACACCUGAUAUGGCUUUUGAAGCAAUUGUUAAACGACAGAUAGCUCUAUUGAAGGAACCAGUUAUCAAAUGCGUUGACCUAGUCGUUCAAGAACUUUCUGUUGUUGUUCGUAUGUGCACGGCUAAGAUGAGCCGAUAUCCCCGUUUGCGUGAAGAAACAGAAAGAAUAAUUACGACUCAUGUGCGCCAAAGGGAACACAGUUGCAAAGAACAAAUUCUUUUGCUGAUAGAUUUUGAGUUGGCUUACAUGAAUACUAAUCAUGAGGAUUUUAUUGGAUUUGCAAACGCCCAAAAUAAAUCUGAAAAUGCAAAUAAAACUGGAACUCGUCAGCUUGGCAACCAAGUUAUACGAAAGGGUCACAUGGUCAUUCAAAACCUAGGAAUUAUGAAAGGUGGAUCUCGUCCAUAUUGGUUUGUUUUAACAUCGGAAAGUAUAUCGUGGUACAAGGACGAAGAUGAAAAAGAAAAAAAAUUUAUGCUGCCCUUGGAUGGUUUGAAACUACGGGACAUCGAACAGGGUUUUAUGUCAAUGUCUAGGCGAGUAACAUUUGCUCUAUUUAGCCCCGAUGGACGUAACGUUUACAAGGACUACAAACAGUUGGAGCUUUCUUGCGAGACCGUCGAAGAUGUUGAAUCAUGGAAAGCCUCAUUCUUACGUGCAGGCGUUUACCCUGAAAAACAGGAGACCCAAGAAAAUGGGGACGAGACGUCGUUAAAUUAUUGUGAGCCACCGAGAUGCAUCUAUAGCCGAUUCACCUUUAAAUAUGACUUGCUGUCUAUUUAAACAACAAAUCUUUCUUCGAUAGCGUCAACUAUGAUAUUAUUCCGGCAUAAUCAGCAUAGAUAACCACGAUGUCAAAUCAAGAAAUUACAAACUUAAAAUUGUUUCUGUGUAAUUGUAGUAUAUUAUUAUUCUGACACGUUAAUGUUCAUUAAUAAACGAAGAUAACCCUGUGAAAAUCCAAGUUCUUGAUUUAAGCCCAGAAAAUAUACGUGUUGAUUAUAUUUAAAGAUGAUAUUGUCAAAAAUAUGCUCAAAAUAAUAUAUCUAUAUAUAAUAAUGCGUGAAACAAGCAUUGUGGUGGAUUCACUUAAAACUUUAAUGAAAAAGAAAAUUAAAUUGUGUUUAUAAACUUAUUUUUGAGUUAUUGUUGAAUAUUAUAUUAAGAGUAUUCUAUAAUAUAAAAUAUAAACAUAAAUAUGCAAGCUUACAAAUAUUUAAGUCACAGAUCAUUCCAUUGUACUUAUACAAAAAUGUAGUUAUUGUACGUAUAUGUUUUAUUUAAAAGUAUCUAUUUACAUUGAGGAUCCUAUUUAUCUUUGAUUAAUUUUUGUUUUAAAAACAUUUUUAAAAAGAUAUGAAAGCUGUGCAUAGACAAAACCUGAGAAAAAAAAUACCCUUGCAGAGUGUUAUAAUUGAGUUUGUCCUAAAACGUCCAAUGCAGUGAAGGAAAAAAUGAUACUCUUUUAAAGGAAAUUGGGAUUUAAUUGCGAUCACCUUCCGAGUCAACAUAAAUAGAACACAUUUUCUGUUUAUUUAAAUGCAAAAAAGUCGUUGAGUUUUAAUGGAUGAUGAUGUGAAGAUAUAUUUUACUCUUAGUGAGUAAUGGCCUAUGUAUGUAGGAAUGGCUGGGAUCUGAACACUCGUAAUUGGCAUAUGUAUACCCUUGAUGGACUUAAAUUUGUACUAACGAAUUUUAAAAUUUUUUAUUAAAAUCGGUCAACUAAUCUUUUAUCUGUCAUAUACCUGUCAUUUUAUAAUUUCUUUGAGAUUUAUUUUGUAAGAAAUGGGUUCGUUUACAUAUAACAAUUAUUAUUGGUCGUUUAUUUCCAACAAUUCUCGCGAAAUUUGGGAGUUCAAUAUAAUAUUAAAUUUGCAAGGGUAUAUAAGCUUCGGUUCUGCCCGAAGCGUGCUUGUCCUUUUGUUUAUAUUUGUGAAUCGGCGAAUCUUGUUAAAAAUAAAUUGUUACUGUUUAUUUAUAUAUAAAUUAAAUUUUCGAAAAUUUAAAAAGUUAAAUUGGUUUACAAUAAACAUUCAUUCCGAAAACUGUUGUCAACAAUAUAAAUUUAACGUUAAUAAUAAAGCUACGCUUCAUAAACACUA